AAGGUCUAACAAUAUUUGAACUGUGUGAUUUCAAUACAAAUUGAUAUCACAUGCUGAGCCUCAGAUCACAUGCAUGUAUUUGCAAGACUUCAGGGAAGUACCUUUGUUCCUUGUUUGUUCAAGAGGUCUCAAUAUUCAGCAUGGCAGAACAAUUUGAAUGGACACCGCCUACUGAGGCAGAGAUGAAAGCAAUCGAAGCUCGACGUGAGCGCAGUGACAAGAUCAGCAAACUGAUGGGAGAGUACAUGCUGAAGGGAUACACAAUGCUAGGAACAUCAUGUGGCAAAUGUAAUACUGUAUUAUUGCGAACAAAGCAAGGCUUGGAGUAUUGUGUUUCAUGUAGUGAACUUGAUUCUGAUACAGACAAGGACAAUCCAGCUCUAAACUCCCAGGCAGCCCUCGUACAAGCCAGAGAACAACAUGUCAGGUCCAGCUCUGAAUCAAACAACUCAACCUUGAAUAUUAAUAAUGGCAUUGAUGAACAGGACUAUUCUAUGAACACUAUGGACUGUGGUACUACAACAACAGGCCAGUCUGCAGGUUUUCUCAACCCAGAAUCGCCCCAAACUGCACAGAAGGUACAUAAAACAGUUCAGGUACCAUGGGAGGUACAGGAUACAGUUACACAGGUGAUGCAGAAAAUGGACUGGGCUAGAAAGGAACUAGGAUGUUCAGUGAGUGUUGAAGGCAGUAUACAGCUGUGCAAUCUCAUCAAAACCUGUGCUGAGACUGUGAAAGCCUUAGAAGAUAUACAUACUAAGCCUUAGCGUAAAGAUAAGUGGAGUUCUUAGUCAAUCAUGCGACUGUCAAUGUGUGGAAUAUAAUAUUUUGUAUUGUACUUGAAAACAAACUCUACUUUAGCACAUUGCAGAUUUUGGUAUGUUUGAAUUGGAAAGAUGGCAGCACAAUACAGUAUAAAAUUUGGAAUGCACCAACACUGUCAAAUUAUUUUCUCUGGCUGAGAUAAAGAUGUCUCUUUUAUCUUAGUCCACAAGUAGCAAGAAUGUUUUUCUUAGAAAAAUACAAGGCUUGGAAAAUUAUUCUGAAGUAAUGAUUGCUGAAAUUUCAAAUAAAAAAAUCCUGCCUACGGGUCUGAAUUUUAGGCUUGAUGACUAGAAACAAGAUUUGUGUUCUUAACAUCAAUGUUGUAAAAUGUUAGAUGUUAGAGUAUAUAACAUUAGAAAUUGGAUGUAAAAAUUGCAAUUAUUUAUAUACAGUGUGGGUCAUAUCCACUCCACAGUAGCCCCAGGCGGAUGUAAAUGUUUAGAGUCGAGUGUAAAAUUGAAGUGCCUUUUCACAUUGUCUAACAUGAAAAACAUGAAACUUGCCAUUGUUGAAUAUUAUAGA